GAUUCUCAGAAAUCUUGUACGGACUGCACAGUGAUCUUGUUGUUCAGUUAAUAUCUCAGUAUCAUAUAAAUAAAGUAACAGCGAUCUCAACAAAAAUUGACAGUGGCCUAUCGCACAUGGACCGACAUGGAGUCUAAACCCGCUCCUCUCGCCGUCUGCUUGGCUGUGGUUUCCGUGUUCAUCGCCCAACAUGGACGGGUUAGAGGACAACUCUCCCCACCUGUGUGUCAGACCUGGAACUCAACAACUGUCGUGUGUAAAUGGGAUGAUGACUUGUAUCAUCCAAUUACCCAUGCGCCUCUAACCCAAGUACCUCCCGGCAUCCCCGAGUCUGUCAUCACGGUGGAUCUCAGUGAGAACAACAUAACUAUACUGUAUAACGGCUCGUUUAGUGGGUUAAGAAACCUGAGAUCCUUAGACCUGUCUGAUAAUCCUAUACAGACUAUCGAGGCCGGUGCGUUUGCAAGGUUGGAAAAAUUACAACGUCUAGAUAUUUAUGAUUCUCAACCAAUGUAUCUUCUUCAUAAUGGAAUGUUCCAAGAUCUGCGAAACCUGAACUAUCUGGCCGUGGAGACUUACACCGAUACAGUCGCCAGUGAGGGCGUGUUCACGGGGUUAUCUAAACUCAGGCAUUUACGACUCGUGAUGAAUAUCAGCAAUUUACCCGAUCAUAUUUUUGAUCCUUUGACUUCAUUGGAAAGUCUAGAGAUAGUCGGCGAUUACAUAGAAGAUGACCUAGUCCACAGCGGAAGUGGGUUCUUACAACGACGCCUGCUGUGGGCACCGCUGAACAACCUUAAAACGUUGAGACUCGAGAUCAUCGAUUUCAGGCUACCUAGCGCCAGUGACUUCUACUUUGGACCUGUAUUUACAAAUAUGUCUAGAUUAGAGACUAUAGAAAUAUAUCAAACUGACGUUUCCCUCAAUGCACAAAUGUUCCGGCCGUUAUUACCGACUGUGAAACAUUUACGCACUGGCGCUCGGAUAUCCCCCGGUCUGCUGAAGUCACUCACACAUCUGCAGACGCUGGACUUCGACAACCGUGCUUCAUAUCCGUAUUUCACCAUUUUGGACGUUCUGCCUGAACUCCGACACACGCAGAUUCAGGAGUUGUCAUUUUUCAACAUGGAACUGGAAACGCAGAAAUUAUCAUCUGAUACUCUUGCGGGAAUAAAAGGCCUGAAAAGUUUGAAAACUUUGAUUUUCAAGUCCGACAGCGAUUUGGUCACCAUAGAAGCUAACGCCUUUGCGGGUUUGUCACAUUUGCACAGACUGGAUCUGACGCGGGUCACCCUCGAGACUUUACACGACAAGGCGUUCAGCGGACUGUCCUCAGUCACUCAUCUCAACUUGACACAAAGCUGGAUUUCUACUUUACCACAAUACGUGUUUGAAGGACUGUCAUCGCUCACUCAUCUUGAUUUGAGCCAGAACGAGUUGCAGACCUCCCAAGCUCAGCUUCCAGAGACCUUGGACUAUCUUGAUCUCAGUCACAAUAAGUUAUACGGAGUCACAGGUCAACCAUGUAACUCCUCUAUAUCAUUUAACUUCGGCAGUUUAAAAUGGGUGAAUCAUCUGAAUUUGAGUCAUAAUGAAAUUGACCUAGUUCCCAUGACUUGUUUCCCCCGGAAUAUCACUGUGCUUGAUUUGCAACACAACAGACUGGAAAGAUUCCUUGCCCUCUGCAAUAUUGAGGGUUUACGGUAUCUCGACCUUUCUAACAAUGAACUCGAUGAUUUUUUCGAGUUUUAUAGUGAUUUUACUAUUUGUUGGCAACCAGGCAUAGAAACACUUAAGCUGGAUAACAACGGUAUAACAGAAAUAGGAGAAGGGUUACCAGCAAUAAGGAGAAGCUUGAAAACGCUGACUCUUUCUCACAACCAAAUCCACCGUAUCGAAACAGGACAACUGACAUGGUCGGACCAGCUGGAACAUUUGGAUCUCAGUCAUAACGAGAUCAACACCGUCAUGCCAUCCGCCUUCCGUGGACUAUCGCGGCUACAGUUCCUGGAUCUCAGUAACAACAAGAUAAAGAAUAUAACUAAGACAACAUUUGAAGGUUUAGGCAACCUUACACAUCUAAACCUGGAAGCCAACAGGAUACCAGUGAUUGGGGACGCCUUUAAGCGUCUGUACGGGUUGAGACACCUGAAUCUGAGGAGCAACAGUUUGGCUGUGUUAAAUCAAACAACACUGGGUCCUGUUGUCCACCGGUUAGAGACUAUCGACAUUGCAGACAAUCCGUUUCUGUGUGACUGUAAUUCAAUGUGGUUUGUCGAGUGGGCCCUGGAUAAAUACGACAGGGUAGCGAACUUCCACAACCCCUAUCCUGACUUUGGUCGAGGGUACACAUGUUCCCGUCCAGCUGGAUUGCGUGGAAGACGUUUGAUAGACGGGCUGACGCAGAAACAAAAAUCUAACGACAGGCAGGAUCCAUCAGAACGAAAGUUCUUCGACACAGUCUGUAGUCAUGGAUUCCGGCCCAACCGCCUCCUGGCUUGUGUGCUCGCCUCUUCGGGCAUCUUCGUCGCCAUGACGACCAUUUUCCUGGUCGACUACCACGUCGGCCGUGUUCAGUACUUGCUGUGGAUGUUGGACAAGUGGAGGAGACCGAAGAUUGGCGAAGUCAAGAAUCAAGAGCCGCACAGAUACACGCACGAUGCUUUUCUUGCCUACAACAACCGGGACGUCUGGUGGGUUAUACAUCAAGCGAUAGAGAAUCUGGAGCCUGACUACAGUCUGGUCAUACACGAAAGGGACUUUGCAGUGGGCGCUCCCAUUGUGGAAAACAUCGCGGAUGCCGUGGAAAACAGCCGGAGAACCGUCUGCCUCAUCACCAGGAACUUCCUGAAGAGUAAGUGGUGCGAGUACGAGUUCCAGCUGGCCCAGUACCACAUGUUUGAGGAGGGGGGAGGGGUGCGUCUCAUCCUGGUGUUUCUGGAGAGGAUUCCUAACGAAAUGCUGAAACAGUUCAACCAUCUGAACGCCGUAGUAAAGAGGGACACAUACCUGACGUGGCCAGACGACGUGCGGAAAAGGCCGCUGUUCUGGAGGCGGCUGCGAGACGCUCUGGGUGAUCCUCUACCCCGGGACCCAGAGCCUCAGCAGCAGGCACAGGGUCCGGAACAGAACGCUCCGGAACGGAACAUUCCGGAAGAGCAGGCACGUGUUCUGGAACGGAACAUUCCGGAGCAGCAAGAACAGGCUCCAGUAAGGGACAUUGUGGAAACCGACAUGGAGUCUAAACCCGCUCCUCUCGCCGUCUGCUUGGCUGUGGUUUCCGUGUUCAUCGCCCAACAUGGACGGGUUAGAGGACAACUCCCCCCACCUGUGUGUCAGACCUGGAACUCAACAACUGUCGUGUGUAAAGGGGAUGGACUGUAUCAUCCAACCCGUGCGCCUCUAACCCAAGUACCUCCCGGCAUCCCCGAGUCUGUCAUCAUAAUGGAUCUCAGUAAGAACAACAUAACUAUACUGUAUAACGGCUCGUUUAAAAUCCACCGUAUCGAAACAGGACAACUGACAAGGUCGGACCAGCUGGAACAUUUGGAUCUGAGUCAUAACGAGAUCAACACCGUCAUGCCAUCCGCCUUCCGUGGACUAUCGCGGCUACAGUUCCUGGAUCUCAGUAACAACAAGAUAAAGAAUAUAACUAAGUCAACAUUUGAAGGUUUAGGCAACCUUGCACAUCUAAACCUGGAAGCCAACAGGAUAGCAGUGAUUGGGGGCGCCUUUCAGCGUCUGUACGGGUUGAGACACCUAAAUCUGAGGAGCAACAGUUUGGCUGUGUUAAAUCAAACAACAUUGGGUCCUGUUGUCUCCUGGUUAGAGACUAUCGACAUUGCAGACAACCCGUUUCUGUGUGACUGCAACUUAAUGUGGUUUGCUGAGUGUGCCCUGGAUAAAUACGACAGGGUAGCGAACUUCCACAACCCCUAUCCUGACGUCGGUCGAGGGUACACAUGUUCCCGUCCAGCUGGAUUGCGUGGAAGACGAUUGAUAGACGGGCUGACGCAGAUACAACACUCUAACAACAGACAGGAUCCAUCAGAACGAAAGUUUUUCGACAUAGUCUGUAGUCAUGGAUUCCGGCCCAACCGCCUUCUGGCUUGUGUGCUCGCCUCUUCUGGCAUCUUCGUCGCCAUGACGACCAUUUUCCUGGUCGACUACCACGUCGGCCGUGUUCAGUACUACCUGUGGAUGUUGGACAAGUGGAGGAGACCGAAGAUUGGCGAAGUAAAGAACAAAGAGCCGCACAGAUACACGCACGAUGCUUUUCUUGCCUACAACAACCGGGACGUCGGCUGGGUUAUACAUCAAGCGAUAGAGAAUCUGGAACCUGACUACAGUCUGGUCAUACACGAAAGGGACUUUGCAGUGGGCGCUCCCAUUGUGGAAAACAUCGCGGAUGCCGUGGAAAACAGCCGGAGAACCGUCUGCCUCAUCACCAGGAACUUCCUGAAGAGUAAGUGGUGCGAGUACGAGUUCCAGCUGGCCCAGUACCACAUGUUUGAGGAGGGGGGAGGGGUGCGUCUCAUCCUGGUGUUUCUGGAGAGGAUUCCUAACGAAAUGCUGAAACAGUUCCGCCAUCUGAACGCCGUAGUAAAGAGGGACACGUACCUGAUGUGGCCAGACGACGUGCGGAAAAGGCCGCUGUUCUGGAGGCGGCUGCGAGACGCUCUGGGCGAUCCUCUACCCCGGGACCCAGAGCCUCAGCAGCAGGUACAGGGUCCGGAACAGAACGCUCCGGAAAGGAACAUUCCGGAAGACCCGGUACGGAACAUUCCGGAAGACCCGGUACGGAACAUUCCGGAAGACCCGGUACGGAACAUUCCGGAACAGCAAGAACUGGCCCAAAUAAGAAACGUUGUGGAAGUGCAGGUCCAUGCCCCCAUGCGGGACAUUCCGGAACUGCAAGAUGAAAUUCUAUUACCAGAUCCAGACGACCAGUGGUUUGGAGAUGGGGAUGACGUGCCCCUUCUACCGCUGUAGAUAAAACUAACCGUGUCACCAGACUGUUAUUGUUUUGGAGUGCAUAUUUUGUGUUGUUAU